UAUAAAUGGCGUCCUCCAUGUCAUGACCAUCCUCAUCCGGUAAAACGAAAGUUGUGUUUCUGGCUGAUUUUCUUGUUGUCUGUUGCAUUUAGUUUGGAAUUUUCGACUCCGUCAAGAAACAUUUUUGCUGACCUUUGCUGCUGAACAUUGCUGCUGAACCAUGUCACAAUCAGGAAUGAUUGGAGCAGGAAUCCUGGCAGUUGGAGUGGGUCUCCUGAUCAAUGUGUCCAUCCACAAGAUAGAUGAGGGUCAUGUUGGAGUAUAUUACAGGGGAGGAGCCUUGCUUUCGUCCGUCAGUGCUCCAGGCUACCAUUUUAUGAUGCCAUUCCUUACAUCUUACCGCACAGUACAGACAACUCUUCAAACAGAUGAAGUGAAGAAUGUUCCAUGUGGAACAAGUGGAGGUGUAAUGAUCUACUUUGAUCGUAUAGAAGUGGUAAACAAACUUGAUAUUAAUGCUGUGUAUGAUAUUGUUCGGAACUAUACUGCUGACUAUGAUAAAACUCUCAUCUACAACAAAGUUCAUCAUGAACUCAAUCAGUUCUGUAGCAUGAACAAUCUCCAGGAAGUCUAUAUUGAUUUAUUUGAUCAGAUAGAUGAAAACCUUCGAGUGGCCUUACAGAAGGAUCUGAUCACCAUGGCGCCUGGGCUAACUGUCCAGGCUGUCAGAGUCACAAAGCCAAAGAUUCCAGAGCAGAUCCGUAAAAACUAUGAAGCAAUGGAAGCUGAAAAGACUAAGCUGCUGAUCUCUAUACAGAAGCAGAAAGUAGUGGAGAAGGAGGCUGAGACAGAGAGGAAGAAGGCAAUCAUUGAGGCUGAGAAACUAGCUGAAGUCUCCAGGAUACAGUGGGAACAGAAAAUUAUUGAGAAGGAGUCUCAGAAAAAAAUAUCUGAAAUUGAAGAUUUAACACAUUUAGCUAAAGAAAAGGCAAAAAGUGAUGCCUUGUUUUAUGCUGCUGAAAGAGAAGCUCAGUCCAAUAAGGAAAAGUUAACCCCAGAGUACCUAGAACUUAUAAGGUACCAGACCCUUGCUGCCAACACUAAAGUCUACUUUGGAAAUGCUCUUCCUGACAUCUUUUUUGACCAGACCAAUGGGGGAGUUUCAGCAGCAACAAUAGCUGCUUCUGCAGAAAACAAAGGCAAGAAAGAGCCGAAGAAGUAAAUGGAGUAGAUAUGGACUGAGACAACCCUGAACCUACAACACUUCUUGCUCACUUCUCUCUGUGAUAUGUUUGAAUGAUUGUGAAAAAGUCCCUGCUAUUUAUAUCAGACACUGGUGUCACAGACAUCAUAACAUCAGAAAAAACUCUAUGGUUCAUUAACAUGGAAUCACUCCAAGCAAAUCUUUCAUCAGAUUCAUGAAACAUUCCAGAUUGGCAUUACUAACACUGCCGAGACCCAGAAAGGUUUUACCCGUACACACUCCUUAUUUUCUUAAUAUAUAUAUUGUUUGAUCCUUUUUUAACUUCCAAUCAUUAAAACAAUAUUUCCAAAAGUGAUUAUAAAAGUACAAGUUGUAUUGUCAUUGUUCUGUUUUGUUUAAACUGGGAGAUUAACACUUGGUUUAUUUUAGAUAAUUGUGACAUUUUUCUACCUUUAUCUCAGUAAUCAGUGUCUUUGAAAUGAAUUUGUGGUAUUGGGUGUCAAGUGUAAACAAGAAUCAUUUGUGUGCACAUUGCACUCUUCAGCUAGUAUGUUUCAUCACGCAAGUUAGUUUGUAAUUCAUACUGUGAAGAAACAAGAAUUCUUUGUGUGUACAUAUCCGUGAGUAUGUUUCACGAUGCAAGUAAGAUUGUAAUUCAUACUGUGAAGCAACAAGAACUGUUUGUGUGUAUUUCUCUGUGAGUAUGUUUCACGACACAAUUUAGUUUGUAAUUCAUACUGUGAAGCAACAAGAACUGUUUGUGUGUAUUUCUCUGUGAGUAUGUUUCACGACACAAGUUAGUUUGUAAUUCAUACUGUGAAGCAACAAGAACUGUUUGUGUGUAUUUCUCUGUGAGUAUGUUUCAAGAAGCAAGUUAGUUUGUAAUUCAUGCUGUGAAGCAACAAGAACUGUUUGUGUGUACUUCUCCGUAAGUAUGUUUCACAACACAAGUUAGAUUGUAAUUCACACUGUGAAGCAACAAGAACUGUUUGUGUGUAUUCCUCAGUAAGACUGUCUGAGAUCUCAGGUUGUGUUUAUUUUAUUUUUACAUUUGAAAAGUCUCCAGUUGAAGGUCAGAGAGUUGCUAUGAUUUUCCACAGAUGGAAGACUUUUCAUAUUUUUGUAACAUUUUUUGGGAAUUAUUGAGUUUGACAGUUGUAGGUCUAAUUCUACAUGUCUUUUAAAAAAGAAAUGAAAUCAAAUAUAGCUAUAAAUCAGUAUUUGGAAUUGUUUAAGAUCCUUGAAGCAACAUGUUAGAUUUAAACACACAGUAUAGAUGUCACGUUUCUUUGUGUGUCCCAGUGUAAAUGUCUAGUGUGUUUUUGAGAUCUCAGUGUUCCAGUGUUUCAGUGUACCUGUUUAGUUAAUCUUGCUGUCUUUUGUAUUGAAAUAACAUAUUUUAUGAACACAUUAAUCAUUGAAGAAGACAUUAACUGCACUUGUAUACUAGAAAAUUAUAAGGAAAAAUGUCAAGUUUGAAUGUCGUUGAACUUUGUGAUUGUGAUUUAGGUGUCAAUAACUUGUAGUGAGUUAAUUUAAAGUGUAACUAUGUAUAAAGAACAUACCAUUUAGUGUACAUGUGUAGCACAUAGAGAUGAUACACAAGAGAGAUGUUUGAUAGUUUUGUUCAAAGGAAAACUAUUCAUUUCACCUAUUCAAUUUGUACUUUUUUAAUAAAUGAAUUUAUAUUUUGUUGUAUUGAAGUCUAAAUUUUUCUAAUAAAAUUCACAGACAUUUCAUGUAUAAACUAACAAUCCAUCAGCAGUGUACAUCCUUUAAGGAAGGAUUUUUUUGUGUAUAUGUAUAUAUUACUUGUAUUUUUUAUUGUGUACAGAUGAUCAUUCUGAUUAUCAAUCUUAGAAUGGAGGAAAUUUUCAUUUACCUUCCUUCAAUAUUUACCUUAAAAAUGUAGAAUUGUACACCUUAGACUGUCAAUCAGGUGAGGACAUUGAUGAUUAUCAACAAGUUGGUUCAGAGAGUUGUCAAUAUUUAACUAUAAAGAUAGGAUUUCUGCUCUCCAGCAUUUUUCAAUCUUGUGUUUGAUAAUAAUUUGAUAUUAUAAUUAUAUUAUUAAAGGGAUUAACUUACAUACUCUAACAGAGUACACUUUGUAACCUAGCUGUAAGAAAUGACAAUCUCCAACAGAGUACUCUGUGGUACCUAACUGUAGGGAACAGCAAUCUCCCACAGAGUACUCUGUGGUACCUACCUGUAAUUGAUGUCAAUCUCCCACAGAGUACUCUAUGGUACCUACCUGUAAUUGAUGUCAAUCUCCCACAGAGUACUCUGUGGUACCUACCUGUAGUUGAUGUCAAUCUCCCACAGAGUAGUCUGUGAUACCUACCUGUAAGUAACGACAAUCUCCCACAUAGUACAAUGUGGUACCUUGCUGAAAGGAACAACAACUCUGGUUAAGAUUGGUACACUUACACCUGUAUUGAUAGUAACCUGUUGAAUUCAGGUUUCUAGUUAUGUAUCCAUUAUAUAUUAUUGGAAGAAGUUUGAUAGCCAGAUUCAACCUAAUUUAACUUAAUUUAAUCAGACCAGCAGAAAUACUUCAGGUUUUCAACAGUUUCAUACUGUUGUAUUUUAAUUCUUUUUCACUUUUGUCUGAAACUUGCUCCUUGUUCUCGUAUAAUCUAUAUGAUGAAAUGUGGGGAUAUGGAUGGAAUGAAUUUUACCUGUACCUCAGGCCGGAGUUGUGCAAACCUAUGUCAGAGUUCAACAUUGGUAGGUGAAAAAUUUCAGUCGCUGCAAAUUGAAAAAAAUAAGCCUACAGCCAUGCAAUGAUGAGGACGUCCCCAUUUUUUUUUCAAUCAUAUAUGAAUUUUUUUUCUUUAACCACUGAUUGACUCUAACCAGGCUUUGAGCAACUUGGUUCAGACAUUAGUUCCAAUGAAUGUGGGGUUGAAAAUAAGAAAAUUCCACAAAGGCAGGAACGUCUUGUGAUCCUGGUAAUGUAAUGGCGUUCUGCUCUGAGAUUAGUACAGACAGACUGUUCUGGAACAUAUUUAACUCCUCACAGCAGAGUUAAUCCCAUCUCUAAAUAGGGUCUUAAAAUAAAUGGUUUGUUUUAGAGCAGACAUUGACAAAUAUAUUGUUUGUUUUAGAGCAAACAUUGUCAAAUAUAUUGUUUGUUUUAGAGCAAACAUUAUCAAAUAUAUUGUUUGUCAGCAUUAGAUGGUACAUGAGUACAAUGAAAUAGAAGCGAAACAUUUGGAAAGUCUUGACUUAAUUAAAACUUCUAAUGUAGCCAUUACUGAACACCACAAUUACCCCACUGGGAAACAUUGAUGGUGUUCAAGCUUGCUAUGAACAGUCGAUCUACUAAUUGUUGUCAAUUAAGAAAAGCAGUAGUAAUUUUGAGUUUUUGGAGAAAUUAGUGAUAAACUUUUAUACAUUUGUAUUCCAAAAUAAUACAACAUCCAGGUCUUCAAUGGAAAAAUAGCAUUAGCAAGUGGUGAGUUUGAUUCCACACUUAAGAAUAACUAGGCAUGUAAUGAUAUCCACACCAGGUUAGGAGUGAAGCUCUUGGAUCCUGGGAGUUGAUUGACGUGCCUUUGUCUGUCCCAUUGUCCUGGUCGGAUGAGGAUAAAAUAAAAACUUCUGGAAAGAU